AUGUCUAUCAGGUACACCAUAUUUUAUAUACACACCUUUAUCCUCAAAGUACUUCUUUGUCUCACCUUUGAACUCACUUCCAGGAUCCAUUUGUAUUUCUUUUGGAAUUACCAACAUUCCCCUUCGAUAAAUUUCCAUAAAAGCAUCCUUGACAGCAGCACUACCCUUGGUCUUCAAUGGUUCAGCAUCUGUAACACGAUUACCAAGAUCAACAACAAGUUGUCAACAACCAGUGCAUAUUUGUAUCCAUUAUCAUCUGGAAGGAACAACAGAUCAGCUUGUUGUUUCAAUCCAGUCUUAAACACUUGGAUAUGUGGCAUGUUCAGACCUUUGUCUUUCUUUGGUUGUUUGUAUAGUUUGUACAACUCCUGUUUGUCCAAAUACGCUUUGCUCGCUUUGAUGUCCUUAACCUUCUUCAGACCA